AUGGCGUUGGCGCCUAUUAUAAUCGGAGCAGCAGUUGUUGCAGUGCUAUACUACUGGAAACAAAUCUACGUUGCCAUCCAAGAAAGAAUGCGAUUAAUUGAGCAUGUCGAUCAAAUUGCCGGGCCAUACUCGAUCCCAUUAUUAGGAACUACAUGGAUGUUCAAGUGGAAUAUAGCAGGUGAGUCCCUGAAUGUAUACUCAGUUGCUGUCUCUACAGCAACAGUUUGGACGAGAAUUCCAGAAUCCAGCGGACUGGCCAUGCAACUCAGAGACUGGGGUCUUUAUUAUGCUGAUCAAGGACAUGGCUUGGUACGGAUAUGGCUGGCAACGAGACCGCUGGUGAUCUGCAUCAGACCAGAGACGGCCAAGCUUAUUCUUGAGCGAAUGGACACCAUAACGAAAGGAGAGGAAUACGAUAUUCUUACACCAUGGCUAGGCACAGGUCUUCUUAUCUCGACAGGAGAAAAGUGGAGGACACGACGGAAGCUUCUCACACCCGCCUUUCAUUUCAAGGUGCUGAAUGACUUCCAAGAAGUACAUGAUACGCAAGCGAAGAUACUUGUUAGUCAAUUAGAAAAUCUGUCUGAAAGUGGAAAGGAGUUCGACAUCUUCCCCUACGUUAAACGAUGUGCUCUCGAUAUUAUCUGCGAGACCGCUAUGGGAUGCAAUAUCUCUUCACAAGAAAAUCACCAGCACCCUUACGUAGAGUCGGUUCGAAGACUCAGCGAACUUGCCUUCCUAUACGAGCGCAUGCCUUGGUUGUGGAUUCCGGCAAUUUGGUAA